GAUAAAUAACAACGUUUCACAAUGUCAGUUUUUACGGUUCUAGUAGGUUUAGUAGUAAGCCUAGUGCUCUAUGUGGUGUACUCCUUUCGCAAACGUUUAAAUUAUUGGAAAUCCCAGGGUAUCAUUAGUGAAGAACCCCAUCCCUUGAUGGGCAAUAUGGUGGGCUUGCAGAAGGAGAAAAGUUUUGGCGAUAUAUGGCUGGAUUAUUACAAAAGAUUUAAGGGCUCGGGACCAUUUUUGGGUUUCUAUUUCUUUAAUAGACCCGCUGCCUUUUUACUGGAUCCAGCAUUAAUAAAAAAUAUAUUGAUUAAGGAUUUCAAUAAAUUCACAGAUCGUGGUUUCUAUCAUAAUGAAAAGGAUGACCCUUUGUCGGGUCAAUUGUUUUUGAUUGAUGGCCAAAAGUGGCGUAGAAUGCGCAAUAAAUUAUCACCCACCUUUACUUCGGGUAAAAUGAAGCAUAUGUUUCCUAUUGUCCGGGAAAUUGGUGAACAGUUUGUAAAAGUUUUAGAGCAAAUGGCAAAACAUCAGCCAGACAUUGAAAUGAGAGAAAUGUUGGCACGCUUUACCACCGAUGUUAUAGGCAGCUGUGCCUUUGGCAUUGAGUGUGGCAGUUUAAAGAAUCCUUAUGCAGAAUUUCGUGUUAUGGGUAAACGUUCGGUGGAAGAUCACAGACAUGGACGUUUAGUUAUGGCUUUUAUUAGCAGUUUCCCGAAAUUAGCAGCCAAAUUACAUUUUAAGUUAUUUCCCGAGGAUAUAAUCAAUUUCUUUUUGCGCAUUGUUAGAGAAAGUGUGGAGUACAGAGAGAAGAAUAAUGUGAGGCGUAAUGAUUUCAUGGACAUGUUGAUUGAUUUGAAAAAUAAGAAAUUAGUUAAAGCGGAACAUGGUGAGGACUUGACCAAUCUAACAAUGGAGGAGAUAACGGCUCAGGCCCAUGUUUUCUUUAAUGCGGGUUUUGAGACCUCAUCCACCACCAUGGGUUUUGCUUUGUAUGAAUUAGCUCAACAUGAGGAUAUACAAGAAAGGGCCCGAACAGAAGUUUUAGAGGUGUUGAAGAGACAUAAUAAUGAAUUCACUUAUGAGUCAAUGAAGGAAAUGUUAUAUUUAGAACAAAUUAUAGCGGAAACUCUGCGUUUAUAUACCGUGGUGCCUGUCUUAAAUCGCCAAUGUUUGGAGGACUAUGUAGUGCCGGGCCAUCCUAAAUAUAUCAUCAAAAAGGGUAUGCCUGUAUUAAUUCCAGCCAUUGCUUUGCAUCACGAUGAACAGUAUUAUCCCAAUCCUACCGAAUUCAAUCCGGAGCAUUUCUCAGCUGAUAAAGUGGCCUCCAGAGAUUCUAUACUUUACAUACCUUUUGGUGAUGGUCCACGCAACUGUAUUGGCAUGCGUUUUGGUAAAAUGCAAACAUGUGUGGGACUGGCUUUGUUGUUGCAAAAUUUCAAAUUCUCUGUGUGUUCAGAAACUCAAAUACCCAUGAGAUAUGAUAAAAAGAGUUUUCUGAUUAGUUCGGAAAAGGGAAUUACGCUGAAAGUAACUAAAAUUUAAGAGCAUCUGCACUUAAAAGUAACUGACAAUGUUUUUAAUAUUUAAUGAAUAGUGUUAAGAUAAGGAUUGUAAACGUCAUUUUAAGAGAAGGUGUUAGUAUGAAGUUUUCUAUUGUUAUCGAUAUUUAGACAGCGGUAAUCAAUUGUUAUAU